GUGGAAUAAAUUACCGGUUAAGGAAUAAUUAAACCGAUAUGUGGUGACCGGUCAUUCAUACGACUCAUACUGUUUAACUUGAGAGGCGCCAAGUUCGAAAACCACAAUAAAACACCAGGUCCACCUGGCCCAGAUGAACAAAUUUAUCAAUCACCGGACCUCUGUACUGCUUGUAAACUUACAGAGAGGUGUUCGAACCGUCGGACACCUGCCUCGUCCUCUCCUGCUUCGUUCUAAAAAAACGGAGUGGAGCAACCUAAAUAUGAAUAUGUACCUGCACAUACGUCGACUACACACUUUCGGACUUUCGUUUAGGACAGCUGGGAAGGCAGAAGCUUCUCCAGGAAGGCCAUUUUUUGUCUUCUGGCGACCAUAUCGAAGCAGUUCGGUGGCCAACCAGGCAGCAGUAGACAAAAACACAUCAGAGAAAAAAGAGCCAGCUCCCAAAAUCAACAACUCUGACCUUAAGAGGCUGAUUUCGCUUGCAAAACCAGAGAAAUGGAAACUCACUGCUGCUAUGUUCCUGUUGGUCGGCUCCAGUACAGUCUCGAUGGCUGUGCCUUUUGCUCUUGGACAAGUGGUUGACGUCUUGUACACCUCUGUCGGUGGGUCUGCUACUGAGAAGCUUGUACCGCUCUGUGCAACCUUGCUAGGAGUUUUCGCAAUCGGAGGCCUUUGCAAUUUUGGCAGAGUCUAUUUAAUGAAUGUGUCUGGCCAACGGAUAACCAACAGACUAAGGAAUAUGUUGUUUGGAGCAGUUUUAGAGCAAGAAAUGGCAUUUUUUGAUAAAACCAGGACAGGAGAGCUGCUUAGUCGACUCUCUGCUGACACAACUCUGGCGGGACAAGCCUUAAGUCAAAAUCUAUCUGACGGCCUGAGAUCUGUCAUAAUGGCGGCAGCUGGAGUUUCAAUGAUGUUUUAUAUGUCACCAAAACUGGCGUUAAUUGGACUGGGAGUGGUGCCACCAAUGGCUGCAAUGGCAGUUAUUUACGGCAGGUAUUUGAAGAAAAUCACCAAAAAGACGCAGGAUGCUUUAGCAGAAGCAUCACAGCUAGCAGAAGAGCGGAUAUCAAAUGCUAGGACUGUCAAAAGUUGCAGUCGAGAAUUGGCAGAAAGUGAAAGCUACGCUGAGAGACUAGAGAGUGUGGUCCAGCUUGCAAUGAAGGAGGCCUUUGCUCGAGGGAUCUUUUUUGGAAUGACUGGCUUUAGUGGAAACGUGGUUGUGUUGCUUGGCCUUUUCUACGGAGGAUCGAUGGUUGUUGCACAGGAAAUCACCCCUGGCUCACUUUCCGCCUUUUUGCUAUAUGCUGCUUACGUGGGAGUGGCUGUUGGUGGACUGGGCUCUUUUUAUUCAGAACUGGCGAGAGGACUCGGCGCAAGUGGCCGACUCUGGUAUAUUUUGGACAGGAAGCCAGAUCUGCCCAUUGCAGGUGGUCUAGUGCCCAACUUGGAGGUGGAGGGAAAAAUCAGCUUCAAUAAAGUCCACUUCAACUACCCUACUAGGCCAGAAGUCAGCGUUUUGUCUGAUCUGGACCUGGAGGUCUCUGCAGGCAAAGUCACGGCAGUGGUUGGCGCCAGUGGGUCGGGCAAGUCGACCCUUGCGUUGCUCUUUUUAGCGCUGUACAAAGCAGAUCAGGGCCAGGUGCUGCUGGACGGCAUUUCUGUGCUUGACUUGGAUCCAAGGUGGCUCAGGGCCAAUGUCGGCCUUGUACCCCAAGAUCCAGCUCUUUUUUCAGGCUCUGUCAGGGACAAUAUUUUGUAUGGAGCACCUGAUUUACUUCUUAACGACCCUACAUAUGUAGAGGAACGGCUUAUCAAGGCUGCAAAGGAGGCAAACGCGUUGAAUUUCAUUCAAAAUUUUCCGCAAGGCUUUGAAACGGAAUUGGGUGAAAGGGGAGUCACCCUCUCAGGAGGGCAAAAACAACGGUUGGCUAUUGCCAGAGCCAUUGUGAAGAAUCCAAGGAUAUUACUGCUUGACGAGGCAACCAGUGCAUUGGAUGCUGAAAGUGAGGCUUUAGUUCAAGAGGCGCUUGAGCGGGUCAUGAAAGGACGCACAGUACUUACCAUCGCACACAGGCUUUCAACCAUAAGAAAUGCAGACAGCAUAGCUGUACUGCAGGCUGGCCGGGUGGUGGAACAGGGAAGCUAUGACCAGCUCAUGGCCUUGGAGGAUGGUGCUUUCAAAAAGUUAGUCCAACACCAAACUUUCCAGGAGAUGCCAUCAGCUGCAAUCCAAUUAGAAAGUUAGCGGGGCAGCUUGGCGAAAACGGCAAGUAGAGCGGCUACAAGCUGCUGAGUGCAAUCUAACUGUUGAGUGUGUCAAAUCAAAGUGUGUAAGCGCGCAUUUUAUUUGUAGGGAGGGCUACCCCAUUACACAUCUAUUUGGGACUUUGUUGAUUUUGGAUGAAUAUUUUAUUAAAACCGUGCGAAAAUUACAA